GCCUGCCGGAAGUCGGGUGGCUGACCAUGGCGACGGUGGCGGAGCAGUGGGUGCUGGUGGAGAUGGUGCAGGCGCUGUACGAGGCUCCAGCAUACCAUCUUAUUCUGGAAGGAAUCCUAAUACUUUGGAUAAUCAGACUCGUUUUCUCUAAAACUUACAAAUUGCAGGAGCGUUCCGAUCUUACAGCCAAGGAGAAGGAAGAACUGAUUGAAGAGUGGCAGCCGGAGCCCCUCGUCCCCCCUUUCUCCAAGAACCAUCCUGCUCUCAACUACAACCUCGUCUCAGGCCCUCCAACCCACAACAUCGUGGUGAAUGGAAAAGAGUGUGUCAACUUCGCCUCCUUUAAUUUCCUCGGGCUGCUGGCCAACCCUCGGGUAAAGGCUGCAGCUUUUUCGUCUUUGAAGAAGUAUGGUGUGGGCACUUGCGGUCCUCGGGGGUUCUAUGGCACAUUUGAUGUCCACCUGGAUUUGGAAGAGCGCCUGGCAAAAUUUAUGAAGACUGAAGAAGCCAUCAUUUACUCGUACGGCUUCUCCACCAUAGCCAGUGCGAUUCCUGCGUACUCCAAGAGAGGGGACAUUAUUUUUGUGGACAGUGCUUCCUGCUUUGCCAUCCAGAAAGGACUGCAGGCCUCGCGCAGUGACAUCAAGUGGUUCAAGCAUAAUGAUGUGGCCGACCUGGAGCGGCUGCUGAAAGAACAGGAGCUUGAAGAUCAAAAGAAUCCUCGCAAGGCCCGUGUGACUCGGCGGUUCAUUGUUGUGGAAGGGUUGUACAUGAACACUGGAACCAUCUGCCCUCUUCCAGAACUGGUUAAAUUAAAAUAUAAAUAUAAAGCAAGAAUCUUCCUGGAAGAAAGCCUGUCAUUUGGAGUCCUCGGGGAGCACGGGCGAGGAGUCACCGAGCACUAUGGUAUCAAUAUCGAUGAUAUCGACCUUAUCAGCGCUAAUAUGGAGAAUGCGCUUGCCUCAGUUGGGGGCUUCUGCUGCGGCCGCUCUUUCGUGGUUGACCAUCAGCGGCUCUCUGGCCAAGGAUACUGCUUUUCAGCUUCGUUACCUCCCCUGCUAGCUGCUGCCGCCAUUGAGGCCCUCAAUAUCAUGGAGGAGAAUCCAGAUAUUUUUGCAGUUUUAAAGAAAAAAUGCCAGACCAUCCACAAAUCUCUGCAAGGUGUGUCUGGCUUAAAACUGGUGGGGGAGUCCCUUUCCCCGGCGCUUCACCUCCAACUGGAAGAGAGCACGGGCUCUCGAGAGAAAGAUAUGAAGCUGCUUCAGAAAAUCGUAGAUCACUGCAUGAACAAGGGCAUCGCAUUGACUCAAGCACACUACUUGGACAAGGAAGAGAAGUGCCUUCCUCCUCCAAGCAUUAGGGUUGUGGUCACUGUGGAGCAGACAGAGGAAGAACUGCAGAGGGCUGCGUCCACCAUCGGGGAGGCGGCCCAGGCUGUGCUGUUGUAGCGCCUGCUCAGUGCUUCCUACCAUGUCACCUGCAGACGGAACUACUCAGAGACCUCCAGCUGGCCGGCCACGGAGUGGAUUGCUACCCAGGGUAUGGCUGUGCGUGGGUUCACAGCCAGAGUGGAUGGUUGUAUGCAGCAGGAACUGACUUCUGGAGGAUGACAGAUGACAGAGCAUCUGGUGUUUAUGCGGUGCCAUGUGCUCUGUCAGGAGGCCUCACUCUGUCACUUAUAUUAGCUUUUGUGUAAAACUGGAGCUUCCGUUUUCCCUCUCCCGUCUGUGGGAAUGAUUCAAUAAGCACUGCUCCAUAUUCCAUAGAAAAGGACUUCGCAGCCAAGAGGAGCUCUCCUCGUGCCACAGUCACUGUGGGAGACUGAUGGACUGUGUCUUCCCAGGUCCUUCACGUAGAGCUCAGGUGGCUGCCCUGCAGAGGACUCUCUGUGUAUUAUAAACGUCAUAUACCAUGUUGAUCCUUGGACUCUGCUCCAGCUACUGAUACUGUCACGUCUAAUCUGAGCUUCACUAACAAAUACUCAUACUGCUUCUUCCUAAGCAAUAAUCUGAAUCAAACAUUAUUUUAUUUUUGUGUAAUUGACUUUAUAUUUUUUAUAUAUUCUCUAGUCGGUUUUGGGAAGAGGGUUAUUAUUCUGAUCCCCAAAUACAAAUCAUGCCCUUGGUAUUUUUUAAUGUCCAAUGUCCUUUCUCAUGGUAGUUUUGUCCAGGAACAUAGAACUGUGGGCUUUUUCUAAGCAGAGAAAAAUGGGAACGUCCCUCUUUCAUUCUAUAAAUUCCAGACACCUAAGAAAAAUAGGAAUGCUCUAAAAGUGAUUUCCGAGCUGUACACUGGCUGCUGCUUCAUCGCGAGCGUUGAGUGGUGUAAAGGCUUGUGACAUGUGCCACAUUCCGUGUACAUGGAAGGCCAUUAUUCCUCCCCUAGUGGCCUGGGCAGAGGAAUCAGGUCAUUUAACGUCGUUUCCGAUGUGCGUUCUCGUUAACCGAGGGUCCGCAUCUUUAAGUGAUCUGUGACAUUUUUAAUGUUUCUAUUUCAUACGUGCCUUGUGAUUGCUGCUGCUGUGAGGGUACGCUCCUGUUGGGGAGAAGUCUGUUUUGUUUUGGUUUUUAAUAAAAUAAACCUCCAAGAGCUUA